AUGCCCCGCCAACCACCACAACCCCUCGCCCGCUUCCUCGCCGCAGACGAAAUCGUCCCCACGGUCCAGCGCGUCCUCGCAACCCAACGUGCCGCCCGCGAAAACGCAGCCGCGACCAUCACGCCCUCCGAGGCGACCUUCGCCAACACCAUCGCAUCCUUCCUGCGCGCCGACGAUGAAACGCAGGGCGAGACGGGCUCCUUUAGCGUGCUGCGCUUCUCUGGCCCGGACAAGGCAACCGCCGAGGCCGUGGAGGAAGGUAUGAGGCUCUGGUCCGCGUCUACGGCGGAGAGGUUACGGAUGAAGGGGGUCUAUGAGCUUGUUAACGCCGUCAGGGAGCGGGAUGAGAAGGAGCUUGGGGAGGAGGAGAAGAAGAUCGUGAAGGAUUUGUGGCUGGAUUAUCGCGGGGCUGGGCAUGGGGUUUUGGAUGAGGAGGGAAUUCGGGUGUAUUUGGAGCGGAGGGAGAUUAUUGAGGAGUUGAAGAGGGCGUUUAGGAAGAAUCUGUACCAGGGUGGCGGAGGCCUCUGGCUCACGGAAGCGGAGCUGGAGGGUGUACCGAGAGCAGAGAUGGAGAGAUGGAAAGUCGGACGGGACGAAGACGUGCCGGAGGAAAGGAGCAAGAGGUUAGUUACGCUGGAAAGGGCGGAUUAUGACGCUGUGCUGCGGCAUGCGCGUGACCCGGAGACAAGGAGGCGUGUGUAUGUUGCCUUUGAUAACCGGUUCCCUGAGAACGUGCCGCUGUUCAAGGAGAUGCUCGUCCUACGAGACGAGAAUGCGAGGAUGUUGGGAUAUGGGAGCCACGCGGAGUUCCGAAUCGAGAGGAGGGUUGCGCCGUCGACUGGGUGGGUUGAGGGGUUCUUGGGACGGUUGAGUAAAGGGUUGGAGCCUCGGGGAAGGGAAGAAAUGACGAGGAUUGCGGAGAGGAAGAGGACCGACUUGGGGAUUGUUCAUGAGGAGAAGGAUAGCGAGGAAGGGAGGAUUCUGCCAUGGGAUUUUGAGUACUAUACAAGACUCCUUGAGGAAGAGGCGGACGUUGACCAGGAGAAGAUUUCCGAGUAUUUCCCCCUAAAUCACACCCUAUCGGCCAUGUUGGGUUUGUUUUCCGAGUUUCUGGGUCUUGAAUUCGAAACUGUACCGGAUCAAGAUCUAGUUGGGAAGAUAUGGGAUAAGGAGGUACAAGUUUGGGCCGUCUGGGAAGGGAGAGGAGAGAGAAAGGGGGAAUUUGUGGGAUAUCUGUACGCUGACGUUCUCUGGCGAGAAGGAAAAUACCGAACGGCGUGCAAUGUUAACCUGCAAUGCGGUUACUUAAAGGAGGAUGGCAGUAGAGUCUACCCUGCCACGGUGCUCAUGUGUGCCUUCCAGCCCCCUACAGCCGCGUCUUGUGCGCUGUUGAAGCAUCGCGAGGUCGUUACUUUGUUCCACGAGCUGGGCCAUGGACUUCACGAUCUUGUAUCCCGCACAAAGCACACCCGCUUCCACGGAUCGCGCGUGGCACCCGACUUCGGCGAGGCGCCGAGCACGAUGCUGGAGAAGUGGUGCUGGAUGCCAGACGAGCUCGUCAAGAUGGGACGGCACUACACGCGCGUCAAUACGGCGUACAUGGCGAAGUGGAGGGAGGAUCAUGCGGAUGGCAAAGAGCCCCCGCCGGAAACGAUGCCAAAGGAGUUGGCAGACAGGUUGGUCAAGAGUCGAGAGCUGAAUCGGGGUCUGUGGUUCCUUAGGCAGCUGGUAUUUGCCACGUUUGAUAUGAUGGUGAACAAUCAAGAGUCGACCGAGGCUCUGAGAGAGAUGGACGAAUUGAAGCUUUACAACGACCUUCAGGAUUCCAUGACACUCAGGCCGAAUCCUGAUAAGAGGGGGUACGGACUAGUUCACUCCACGCAUCUUAUCGAGCUCUACGAUGCGGGCUACUACGCCUACAUGAGCGCCCAAGCAUUCGCGGCCUCGCUCUUCGAGUCGUGCUUCGCCAAGGAUCCCCGCAGUCCUGAAGCCUGGGACCUGUAUCGAAGAGGAAUCCUCGAGUACGGCGGCAGCAGAGACGAAAUGGAGAUGAUGAAAGAGUUUCUGGGUCGGGAGCCCGGGCCGGAUGCGUUGCUGAGAAGUCUCGGGUUAUCGGAGGGUGAUGGGAGUGACGUUGGACCAACGGCGGCAUCGACUUGAAAUCAUUUGCG